UUUACCAAAGGGGUAUUUAUACCCCACAAGGGAACUUGCUGCUCUGCAGUUAGAAGAGAGCAGUUUAAGCCCAGAAGAAGAGAUAGAAUUAGAAGAACAAGCAGCAAAUUAUGAAGAAAAUAGAUACAGGCCACUGGAAUAUAAGAACCCAGUGCCCUAUGUUCUGGGGCAAGGGGCUGCUACUGCCCCCCCACCUUAUUCAAUGCAGCCAUCUUGCUCACUCCUUUCAAAAACUGUGAGGAGAAAGUUAGGCAUGGCCUUCCCAGUCUUUGAAGCACCCAUAGAAGGGCAAGAAGGCAUGGGACGGAUCUAUGCACCUAUAGACUAUAAUCAAAUAAAAGAAUUGGCUGAAGCAGUAAGAAAAUAUGGAGUGAAUGCAAAUUUUACUUUAGCACAGCUAGACAGACUGGCAAGAGAUUCUAUGAUGCCUACUGACUGGCAAACUAUUGCAAAGGCUAUGCUUAAUAGCAUGGGCCAAUUUUUAGAGUGGAAGGCGCUAUGGUAUGAGGCUGCACAAGAGCAAGCCCGAAUCAAUGCAGCCUCCUUAACCCCUGAACAACAACAAUGGACAUAUGAAAUGUUAACAGGACAAGGAAGAUAUGCAAAUGAACAAAAUACUUAUGCCUGGGGAGCCUAUCAACAGGUUUCCAUGACGGCAAUUAGAGCAUGGAAAGCUUUAACUAAAAAGGGAGAAGGAGCAACCCAGCUAACCAAAAUUAUACAGGGCCCACAGGAAUCAUUUUCAGAUUUUGUGGCCAGGAUGACCGAGGCAGCAAACAGAAUUUUUGGAGAUUCAGAAUCUGCAAUGCCUCUUAUUGAGCAAUUAGUUUUUGAACAAGCAACACAAGAAUGCCGUAAUGCCAUUGCCCCUCGAAAGGGUAAAGGAUUACAAGAUUGGUUAAGGGUAUGUAGAGAGUUAGGGGGCCCAUUAUCUAAUGCAGGGCUGGCGGCAGCUAUAAUGCAUAUUGCCAAAAAUGCUCCUCAAGGAAGAGGCAAAGGACCUUGUUAUCAAUGUGGCAAAAUGGGACAUUUUAAAAAAGACUGCAAGAGUGCAGCCCCAAAUAAUCUUACAACUGAAAUCUGCGCUAGAUGCAGAAAAGGGGCACACAAGGCCGAGAACUGUAGAUCUAUAAGAGACAUUGAGGGAAAACUUUUGGUUCCCCCAAGGCCUUGGAAGAGCCCAAAGCAAGAAUUUAAGCCAAAAAACGAGAUGAGGGGCCCUCGGUUCCAGGGCCCAGACAAAUAUGGAAACCCCGCCCAAACAUGCCCAUGGUCCAAAGCCCAAUUGCAGCAGCGAUUCGGGGACCGAUUUCAGGAAAUCAUCUCCCCCACGGAGGAAUGGGAAGAUUGGACGUGUACGCCACCUCCAAUGUCCUAUUAGAUUCAGAUCAAGGACCCCAACCUGUUCCCGUGCAGGUCUUAAUGGCCUCUACAAAAAGUUUACAAGGUCUUCUAAUAGGAUGUAGUAAGUUUUCAGGACAAGAGAUAAUUGUAUUUCCAGGAGUUGUCCAGGGCCCAAAAUUUCAGGUUCUAUGCUCCAGUCCACAAUGGCCUAUAGAAAUAAAGGAGGGAGAUACCAUUGCUCAAUUAAUACCCAUAUCUAAUGAAGAAAGAAAUGAGGCCAAUCUAAUAAUGGAUUUGGGCUCCAGACCAAAGAUGACUUUGAGUAUACAGGGAAAGAAAUUUGAAGGCAUACUAGAUACAGGGGCAGACCAGAGUCUAAUCUCCUCUCAUUGGUGGCCUAAAACUUGGCCACUUAAGCAGUCCAGCCAAACCCUUCGAGGAUUGGGAUAUAGCUCUAAUCCCGCAAUAAGUGCAUGGCCUCUUUUAUGGAGAACGGACCAAGGUAAGGAAGGAAAGUUUACACAAUAUGUAUUGCCUUUGCCAACAAAUUUAUGGGGACAUGACGUUUUAGCUGAUAUGGGAAUGAAAUUAUCAGAUGAAAGUCAGGCAGAAACUAAGACCACAUGCAAAAUAUCUACUGCCGAACAGAUAAUGAAUACAAUGGGAUACCAAAAAGGAAAAGGAUUAGGUAAAAACCUCCAAGGCAGCAUAGAACCCUUAGAAGCAAUCACCAAUAGGGAGAAAAAGGGAUUGGGUUUUUUCUAGGAGCCAUUGAGGGUCCCAAACCCAUACCUUGGAAAUCGGAGGAGCCAGUAUGGGUGCCUCAAUGGC